AAUUCCGCCAGAACGUGAUACUGAGUUCCAAACCAUCUUGCAGUAGUGAUGGGAUGCGCGGAUUUGUGGCCCUGAAAAAGAAGAAGAAGCACCGAAACGGCGAGAGAGGCAACACGAGCGAGCCCUCUCAUCUCAUAAGAAGACGCAUGGAGACAGAGGCGACAUUCCGAAAAGCACCGCGCGAUAAAGACUAGAGCGGUGUCGUGCACUGUGACGGAUCAUGCAUGGCUUGCACGGUAAAGCAUUGGUCCACGUCUCCCUCGAUCCAUUCAUCGCCUCCACCCGCAUUCGAACACAUCUCGACGACCGCCUUCUCACAACAGCAUGCUCUGCAUUGUUUGCAGGUCCAGCCGCUGAAGCAGCCGCGGUUCUCAGUUUCCAGAAGCUCCACGUAUCGGUCGUCUCUAUUUUCGGUGCCCACUGUACGCGGUCAGAGAAGUGGGGGCUUCAUCCGGGGUUUUGAGGUAGGUUCGAGUGGUGUUCGUAGUAGAAGGGUGUCACUGACCAUGGCUGCAUUGCCUGGAUUGUUUCCGCAUGCUGACAGCAUUGUUGUAAAAACGAUGGAGUUUUUGCUUGCUUUCUCCGGGCCGCUUCAAAUGUAUAACGAAGCGACGGGAAAGAAUAUGGGUUACGCCAAGUUUGCCAGUGCGUUGGGUAAAGACAAUAAGGCCAUGGUACCAAGUAGGGUGGGAAUGCUUUCCAUCUACAUAGUUGCAGCCGGGCUUGCCUCCGUGUUCUUGGCGUAUGCAGUUGGCUUCCUGCCUCUCUCGUCACUAUUAGAGUCGAUCGGUGCUUCCGGUGCUGCAUCUUUCUUGGACCAAGCUGUAGCUGCUUCCGACGAUCGUCUUCUGCUUGUAGCCGCCGCUUUGUCUGUUCAUUUCGUCAAGCGUUCCGUUGAGGUUCUGUUCUUGCACAGGUUCUCCGGGUCCAUGAGUGUCGGAGAUGCGGUCACAAUCAGCACAAGCUAUAGCCUCCAAGUCGUCCUCCUUCUCUAUUCCCAACUUCUAUCCGCCGACAUCGAAGCACCAUCCCCCGACACCAAAUACCUGGGUGUAGCAGUGUUUCUGAUCGGAUUAACUGGCAACUUCUACCAUCACUGGAUACUCGCCAACCUUCGCAAGGAUGGUCAGAAGAAGUACGUGGUACCCCACGGCGGCCUCUUCGGUCUCUUCGUUUGCCCUCACUACGUCUUUGAGGUGAUAGACUUCGUAGGCAUGGCACUCAUUAGCCAAACAGUCUAUGGCUGGUGCAUGGUUUCCUUCGCGACCUUGUACUUGACUGGCCGCGGCAUCGCCACAAAAAAUUGGUACAAGAAGAAUGUGGACGGGUUCCCGCAACAGCGCAGCGUCAUCCUCCCCGGAAUCUUCUGAUUUAUGAAUCUUGCUUCGUAGCACCCGAAUUCAAUCGCAGCAAACGGGUUUUCUUAAAAGCUCAUCCACCAGUACCCACAAAUUCACCGCUGCAGGGUUAGGCAGUUCUCAAAAUGUACACUAGAAUUAAUAGAAUGAUGCAGAUGCUGGUGUCACACAGUCAAUUCGGUGCGUGUCGUCGGAGAUUGACGAUUGUCGAUGGGCUUACAUAUCCGACGACUGAUCCAUCGGAGACAACUAAGCCCCGUCUUGUGCUCCUGUUCUCGAGAAGCUUGUGGAGGUGGAUUACAGAACUGAUGCCACGUCGGAUCCCCUCCACUUGGCAUCACUUCUGGUUUAUUUUCUCGAGAAUUUUGCUUCCCGAUCUUGUAACCGAAUAUUUCAUCUGAAAUUGAUGCAUAAUUAAUAAUAAAUACUUAGUUAUUUGUUAAGAUAGGUGUACAGUCAGUUAGUUGAUUGGUAGAAAGGAAAGCAUAUUAGGACUUUUAAAAUCCAUCUUAAGAUGCCCGUUUUGGGACGUUUAACUUGUAAAACUUGUUAGAUUUUAUAUUAUAUGAUAAAAAGUUACAAAAUUAAACUUUUCGAUA